AAGUUGGGGGCUUGCAAGUAUGGCGGCAUCGAAGGUGAAGCAGGACAUGCCCCCGCCAGGGGGCUACGGUCCCGUCGACUACAAGCGGAACCUCCCUCGCCGGGGACUGUCGGGCUAUAGCAUGUUCGCGGUGGGCAUCGGGGCCUUGCUCUUCGGCUACUGGAGAAUGAUGAAGUGGAACCGGGAGCGCAGGCGCCUGCAGAUUGAGGACUUGGAGGCCCGGAUUGCUCUCAUGCCGCUCUUCCAGGCAGAAAUGGACCGGAGGACCCUGCAGCUUCUUCGGGAGAACCUGGAGGAGGAGGCCAUCAUCAUGAAAGAUGUGCCUGACUGGAAGGUGGGUGAGUCUGUUUUCCACACCACGCGCUGGGUGCCGCCCCUCCCUGCCGAGUUGUAUGGGUUGCGCCCCAAGGAGGAGUUGAACAACGCCAUCUUCGGCUUCACCUGGUACACGUAGGGUCCAAGCCAACGCCCACAAUAAAGAAUAGUCAAGUAAACGCCA